AUGCCUCCUCCCAAGUUACCCCAGACAGACCCCAACAGCCCGCCCUCACGUCCGCCUUCCCAGGAAGAGGUCCGAAGCCCGGUUAUUUUCCACGAUGAUGGCGGCACCCGACCGAUUGACGAGCAGAGUCGAAACCAGCUAGCCGGCGAGGCUGAGCGACUGCGUCGUGAGCAGGCAAGAGACGAAGUCGACAGUCGUACUGGUCAAAUGAACUUGUUUUUGGCCGGCAUCAGGCGUGCGUCGGCGAUGUCCACGGUGCGCCGGCCCACGUCAAGCGUAUACCUAGAUGAGAAUGCUGUUGCGGGCAAGGCAGUGGCUGGAACUGGGGGUGACGAAUCAGAUUAUGAAGACGAGCCUAUUCCUUCCUCCGAAGAACAGACGUGCUCCGAGACUGAGGAGCAGUCUGGCGUACAACGAGGACAAUCGUCAGCCAGAAAGUCUGCAGACUCCAGGGCAAAUACUACUCCCAGGGAAAGCACCGUCGAAAGCGUCAUCGGCGAGUACGCCAAUUUACACCUGCCGCCGACACCAGUCGACCCCCUCCAUCCCAAGCCUGCUAGAUUAGAAUCGCCGCUCCCUGCACCACCAAGGCCAAGUAGAGAGCCCAAAGACAACUUACUAGCAGAGGUCGACGAGCGUCCAAUCUCGGGAGCUGCCAAGAAUGCGGCAUACUACAGCGUAGCGGGAUUGGAACGAUUCUCGGCGGUACCAACGCCGAAAGGCUUGACAUCCCGGAGAGAUGCGGACAGUGUUCUGGCUCCUGCGCCGCUGGAUCUUAAGAAACGGCGUGCCAGUUCCAGCCGGGGCAGCACGUCUCGAUCUCGUACACCCGUCUCGCAACAGGCUACAUCGAGUCCAAAAAGGACCAGUUUGCGAAGAUCGGACGGGACAGCGCACCGAGUGACGACGCCAGGAUCAGCGACAAGCGCAAAGGGCCGUUUGCAAUCAACAGAGAUGGCCGUAUCACCAUAUGCCGCGACCUCUGCAUCUCGAGACAGUGUGCCUCUUUCAGAGAGAGACCUCUCGCCGCGGGCCGUCAUAGAGAUAAAGGGCAGUGCUUCGGGAUUCAAAAGUGUUCAAACGCCGCAGUCUACAGCGAGUGCGAAGCGGAGCAUUGGGAAGCCGCUGCCGCUUAAAUACGGGACUAGUAUCGUGUCUGCGCAAAUUGCUACACAAAUUGCUGCUGAGUUGGGAGGAGGAAUCUCUACCAAGCCAACAGAAGACUGGUACGCCAAAGCUUUAAAGGAUGGCCAGAAACCACGAGAUAGGUCUCAAGACCGAAAAACGAUAGUGAGAUGGCACCUAGGGACGCUUUUGUGGGUAAGGCCCGAUGGGUUGGAUAGGCCACGGUCUGAUGAGUUGAUUGCGUGCGCGCCGGUGUGA